ACCCUGGCGCACCUCUUGCCGGCUCCGGCCAUGUACAGCAUGCUGGAGACCGAGAUCAAGACGUCUCAGCCCACGCCGGGCAGCGCCGGGGGCAACCCCGCUCCGGGGAACAACGGUAAAGGCGGCGGAGGCGGCGGGGCCAGCAACGGAGCGGGAGCCGGCUCGGAUCAGGACCGGGUGAAGCGCCCCAUGAACGCCUUCAUGGUGUGGUCGCGGGGCCAGCGGCGGAAGAUGGCCCAGGAGAACCCCAAGAUGCACAACUCGGAGAUCAGCAAGCGCCUGGGGGCCGACUGGAAGCUGCUGAGCGACGCCGAGAAGCGGGCCUUUAUCGACGAGGCCAAGCGGCUGCGGGCCGUGCACAUGAAGGAGUAUCCGGAUUACAAAUACCGGCCCCGAAGGAAGACCAAAACCUUGCUGAAGAAGGACAAAUACUCGCUGCCCGGCAAUCUGCUGGCCCCGGGGGGGGGCAACGCGGUGAGCAGCCCCGUCGGGGUGGGGCAGAGGAUUGACACUUAUGCCCACAUGAACGGCUGGACCAACGGGGCUUACUCACUGAUGCAAGACCAGCUGGGCUACAGCCAGCACCCGGGCAUGAACAGCCCCCAGCUGCAGCAGAUGCACCGCUACGACAUGACGGGCCUGCAGUACAGCCCCAUGAUGUCCACGGCCCAGACCUACAUGAACGCCGCCUCCACCUACAGCAUGUCCCCCGCCGCCUACGGCCAGCAGCCCUCCACGGCCAUGAGCCUGGGCUCCAUGGGCUCGGUGGUGAAAUCCGAGCCCAGCUCGCCGCCUCCGGCCAUCACUUCCCACUCGCAGAGGGCCUGCCUGGGAGACCUGCGGGAUAUGAUCAGCAUGUACCUGCCCCCGGGGGGGGACGCCACAGACCCUUCCGCCCUGCAGGGCAGCAGGUUACACAGCGUCCACCAGCACUACCAGAGUGCCGGGACUGGCGUGAAUGGUACCGUACCACUAACUCACAUAUAA